GCAAAACACACUGAUGUGUGAAUGGACCCUUAUAUAGGAGGCUGGUGGGAUUGGGAUGGCAGCCUGUGGCUGCACACUCAGGACUUUGCCUGCUGCUGUACCUGGCCUUUCCUCCUCUCCACCUGACUAGCACAUUGUCGCAAGUGCAAUGUAUCUGUCACCCGCCACAGACAGGGCACCGAGGUGCGACAAUUCUCCAAGUCAUGCCAUUCCUUCAGACUCAAAGAAACUUCCAGAGAACAAAUGGUGGACGUGACCCCCCACAGUGUGCGCCUUUUACCUCAGGGAACAUCAACUUGAGGAGGCUCUCAGCUAAAGUGUGCAGAUAGACCCUGGUGCGGCUGCUAUUUCUCUGCGGCAGCUCCUCCUGCAGUCUCCUCUGCCGGACAAUGGUGUCAGUGCAGAUAGGUGGCGGUCCGGCGGAAGCGGCACUGGUGGGCACCUCGUCGUCAUCCCCCUUUAAGUAGUGUCUCCCAGCUUCAUAUAUACAAAAAACGAGUGCCGUGGUCUCUUUUACUACAUAUGGUUUCAAAUUACCACUGAGCACCGUACAAAAAAGGACUCUAGAGGAGUGCCGUCCAAUCCAAGUACUUCAAGAUUAAGAAUUUUUGUGACCGAGCACCCUUCAAAUGUCUUCUAACACCUUCUCGUACGAUAAUGCUAUCGCAGAGGAGAUUGUUUCCCGGGUGAACGCCUCAAGCAAUUUUCUACAUGUCUCACAUAGUGAACUAAAAUCACGUGACUGGGAACGCGAAUCGAAGAAGCUACUCUCCGCUGAGUUGCAUUGUACAACAUUGGCAGAAUAUCACAAACAAAAGAAAAUCCCAAGGGGACUACGAGUACAUCUUCGCCCGACUCUCUUCCCUUCCAAUACUGAAUAUUGUACAAAAUUCGAAUCCAUCAUCAACAAGUGUUCCUUCGAUAUCAUCGUGCUGAGCAUAGAAUUUCUACAACAAUCAAUUAAAGAAUCACAAGAAAAACUAACAUCCAUCGAAACCCAAUUAGUCUCCACAAUCUCAGCCGACGAGUGGUCCGAACUCAAGAAAAAGACCGACACCAUUCUAGAAGAACACCGAAAAUUCUUAGAAAAUACCAAGAGGAAUAAGUUUGUUCGCGAUUCGGAAGACUACCACCUAAAGAAGAUCUAUCGUUGGCAAUGGCAAGGUACCUCCAAGGGCUCCGACUACUCUUUCCCAGGAUACGCAUCCUCCUCCUCAGGAAGCGACAGACCAAACAAUUACCGCAACCAACGUUUUUUUCACCGACGUGGAUACCGACCGGGGAGAAGAAGACCCGCCACAUACGCCGAGGACGAGGUUCCCACCGAUCACAGCCAGACAGGCAUCCAGACCCGCUCCCAGACAAAAUGACUCUUUAAGUCCAUCCCAAUCAGGUCUCACCAUCCUAUAGAAGCACCGCUACCCUGCAUGAUUUUGCCUGUUGUUGCCCUUGACAAUUAUGAACAACUAUGAACUUUUGUGAGAAAUAUCCCCACUCUAUUAUGUUGUGGAUUUUGCCUACUGUGGCCCUUGACAAUUAUGAAUUAUGAAUUUUUGUGAGAGACAUCACUAUUUUUCAUUUACUGUGGAUUCCAGCCAUACUCCGUCUGCCUCUCCCUAUGUUCUCUCUUAUACUUGCCAUUUAAUGUUGUACGUUGCAACUCCAUAAUUGAGAAUAUCUGUACGAACUAUGUUUGAAAUGAUAAUAUGCUUACCUGCUACCCUCUGCGAUAUCAUCAAAUCGCCAGUAGACAACAUGACAUGUUAUAUAUACUAUGAAUUAUACUAUGAAUUAUAAAUGUAAUGAAUUAUACUUCAAUUUACUUUACUGUAAUCGCGUAUAAAGCUUUCUGACACA